GUCGUUGCAAGAGCUGACAAUUGGAUUUUGCCUUGGAGUGGGGUGCGGUCGGAUGAUCAUGCGAUCGGAGUUCAACCAGCGUAUCGGCAGGAGUGCUUGGCCUCCAUCGCUUCGGCGACUCACUCUAGGCCACAAGUUCAGGCAGUCUCUGCAAGGACUCGGCACAUGGAUGCCCAACCUUGAAUCGCUACGUCUUCUAGAGUGGUACGUUGACUUACAAAACGACAGCCUCCUCCGCCGAAUCGAAUGGCCAAAGGGCCUUCUUCAGCUGACCGUGUUUAAGGAGUCGAGCUUGGAAGAUGUCGGAAUUCCUGCACCUGUAGAGGUGUUGCACCGUUACAACGAGUCCCUGCGGUGACUAUAUGCGAGACUUGGCACUUAGAUUGUGCUGAGAGUGGCAUCACUUUCUGCAGUCACAAUGCUUACGAAGAUUUUGCCAUUUUCUGGAGUCGAAGAUUUGGUCACUGAGAGCAGCGGCACUUUCUGCAGUCGAAGUUUUUGUCGUUCUUUCGAGCUGAUCUUGCGAUACAUGGGAAAUUGAGAUUGGAAUACAUGUCGUUGCCAGCUAAAGUGCUUGAAACAUGGCGAACUACUUCCUGGUGAAUGUGGCCAUCGUGGAUGUUCCUUUUGCGGGUUUGAUGAUUGUUCUGUUUGAGGUUUCUUUUCGCUGGUGUAUGUAAAUUGUGUGCGCACCUGCUGCUUCGUUGCUGCACAAUACCCGGUGUCCACUUUGAUUUGGUGUUGUACAUCAGACAGAUUCGGCAUCUGCGGUAUCCGUUAACGACAGCACUGCGGAUUAGCCACUUCGAGGGGUUUGGCCAGCAACGCUUUGAAAAACAUUCCAGAAUCGUUGAAGGUAUUCGGCGGGAGUGUCAAUCUUUUGUUGUAUCUUGUCGUACUAAACUCUAGCAAGUAAUUCCUCUUCCCUCCCGCUUCCAGGCGAAGAGAGGAGUUCACAUCGGUAUAAUGAGCAUCAAGAUAUUCUUUCCGACGCCCAUGAGAGUUUUUAGGAUGGCUGGAGUUGCCCUCGGGUAUAUUUCGCUGAUGGUGGAUGGUUCCCUAUAGUCGUCAACGAAGCAAAGACCUCCG